CCUGGCGAUAGUCGCUGGAAUAAUAAUUCAGUCGAUAGUUGACUGCGAUGGGAGAAUGCCGGGAAACGCCAGCGCCACUGGGCUCAUUGCCGCGCGAGUUCGACCAGUCUAUAGGCCGAAGCCAAAGAGGAUCGAACUCUCUGGGUCAGCUAGACCGGCACCCUUUACUCUACGACCCUUUGCUGGACUCUUUAACCCUUAUCCUUAUGGCUGCUCGGUGCUGUGUAAUCAUCCAGCAGAUUGCGAAGCCAAGGAGGUGGUGCGACGUGCGAAGGAUACCUGGGCUACAGAGGGAAAGGCGUUGCUACUACCUGCGGAAAUGGAGAUGAUCCGUGCGACGCUGUUGGCCGGUGCUGGUGGUGUCGACGCUGCUGGUACAGGAGGACCAGGGAACGUAGCUGGUGGAACCGAGGCAACGGCCGUCCCUGAGGAAUUGUUUCGCAAAUAUACUGAAACGGACUCACGACCUCUGACCCCAGCUCCUACUCUUGCUAGUGGUCCAGCACUCACGUGUAGACCCACUCCGGAAACUCCUGCGACCUGUAACCCUCGGGAGCGAACCACUCUUGUAUUGGACCUCAGAACCAACUCGCAGGAUCAGGAGACCGACACCCUGAGCUGGCAUGCACUUACUUUGGAACCAGCACCUGCCACUAGAAAGAAUGAGAUAUCAGUAUCUAAGCCAACCCCGCAUCAUCAGAGUUCCUCAGCCAUGUCGCCAGUGUCGCCAGAUCGUCUGUUGCCACACGUGGAAGUCAGUGACACGACCUCCAUAAAAAAUUCUCCAGCAGAACGUGACAGCGCGAGUGACGAGCCGCCGAUGAGACGCAGAGGGAAACGAUUGCGUAAAAGAAAAUGUCGCAGAGGCUCGACCUACGGACAGCAAACGGAAGUGCGCGAUCCACCUGAACCAUUGGAAACUCAAGUGUCCCAAAUAGGCGGCGGUUCUAGACGCGAUUCAGCUAGACCAUCCCUUGGCGACGUCGGAGGAGCAGAGUCGCCGCCUCAGAAAAUAACAUCAUCGCUGGAUCAAAAUUUGCCGUCGAGUUUCAUCGAUUCCGACAUUCUGAGACACUUGAGUCGUGAACUGGACCGGGAGGCUGUGGAAAGUGAAUUUUCAAUAAAGAGAAAAAUCGCCUUGGAGGAGGCUCUGCGGAUGAAGGGAGAUCCGCAUCCAGGUACAAGAGGAAGUCGUCAGUCUUCUGCACAACCACCAUCGCAAAGCGUACCACGUGUCUUCUCUAGACAAAGUGCUCGUUUCGAGGUGCUGGAUAGUCUGAGCCUGUCAGGUCUAAGUCCCCUGGAGUACUUGGGGAAACACGUGUUCAUGACAGCAGGACGGAAGCUCAUAUUCGGCAGAGCGUUCAACAGGUACUACGAGGAGACCCUCGAGGGUGUUAGGUACAUUCAGCCUAAGGAUGUCUGGUCAGCCAUGGAGGAAGUGACAGGAAAGCCAUUGACGCCGGAACAGGAAGUAAGAUUUAAGGAUCUCAUAGGGGAGAUCGAGAAGCCAAUGAAUUUUCGGCUGUGGUGCGGCGUCUGUGCAGUCGUCGAACGAUUACUGUGUCCACUUCCGCCAGUGGACGUUGAUCCUCCGACGUGGAUCGAGAGGGCGGACUUUGAGGGUUUGGAAAGAAGACUUUGCUCCGGAGGGAUCGACCAGAAGUUAGCCUCGUUGCUUCGUGAGAUUCGUGAUCGUUGAGGGCAUGAAAUUAAAAGAAUAAAAAGAAUU